AUUUGUUAUUUGUCAAUUACAAUUUAAAACUUUUUAUGUCAAAUUUUUGCAAUUUAAAUUGAUUUAUUCAUUUUUUGAAUUAUUAAAUCGUAGCCAUUAACGUUAUGGGGUCAAACUCGGUCAAACGUGGAAGUCGAGAGCUAAAGAGCCGAGUAUUUUCCUAUUUGGUGGACGGAGGUCGUGAAAAGUCAUCUUGACAAAUCGUUAAGGCACUGUGAAUCGGAACGUUGGAUGUUUGAGAAAGUCAUGGAUCACAGUACAUUCCCUCGUUUUUGCUUUGCCCUUCCCUUCUCCGCUGUGCUUGCCUCGCUUUCCUCGCUUUCUAUUUUAUUUUUACAUUUUUAGAAACUUCGCAAUUCGCAGAACCGUACUCCGUCUAUUUUAUAUAAUCUAAACCAUUCCACUUUCUUUUUCAUAAAUUAAUUUCCCGAAAGUAGUUCGAAAUAUGAUUGUUAUUAGCAUUAAUUUUUGAGACUGAUGGUUCUGGAAUAUGUCGGAGGUGGAAUGAAGAAGAUUGGGGGUGGUAGUUCUAUAUGAUUUUCGGAGUCCAAAUGGAAUAAUAAUAAUAAUAAUAAUAGUAAUAGUAAUAAUAAUUGGCAGUUGUGUUGAUUUUGGUUUAUAUAGAGUUCAAUACUUUUUAUUUUUCCUUUGGAAAUCGCUUUCUUCGUCGGAGUUUUCAAAAUGUGGAGUAGGUGGUGGUGGUGUGCCGGCGGUGGAGUCGGUUCAUUGACACAGAAAGUAUCUGCGGUUGUUAAUUUCAGCCAUGGCUGUGGAGGGAAGCUUCGUCCCCUUAAUCCUACGUCAUUGGGUUUUAGGUAUAUUGCAACAGAAUGUGGAGGAGGAAGAGGAAGAGGAAUAAUUGCUUUAUCAUUUGUGUUCAAUGAGAUUAAGAGAGGGAUGUCUUCAUCGCCUGAAGAUUCCAGUAAGUCGGGAUCAUCAGAACCUGAUAAUGGCUGUACUAGAGACGAAGUUAGUGGGGGAAACGAUUCCAUGUCCUUCGCAGAAGCUAAGAAGCUUAUGAGAUUGGUAAAUGUGGAAUCGCUCAAGACGAAGCUGGAAAGGGAAGCGAAGGAAGUUAUUCCGUUCUCUGAACUUCUUCAAUUGUGUGAGGACACUGGUGUUGCUAGGUCUCCUGAAGAGGCUUCAGCUUAUGCUCGCGUUCUUGACGAAGCUGGGGUCAUUCUUCUCUUCAAGGAUAAAGUCUAUCUUCAUCCUCAAAAGGUGGCUGAUCUGGUUCAGAGAGCUGUUCCAUUGGCACUGACUUUUGAGGAUUCCACAAGUGAGGAGUUAAGGAAGCUGCAGGAAAAGAAACUAGAAAUCGAUAUGUUGGCACAUAAACAGGUCCGGCGCAUUCUCUGGUGCGGACUAGGAGCCAGCUUACUUCAGGUUGGCUUCUUCUUCAGGCUAACAUUCUGGGAAUUCUCAUGGGAUGUGAUGGAGCCAAUUGCAUUUUUUGUCACAUCAGCUGGCUUAGUCAUAGGCUAUUUCUACUUUCUGAUCACUUCAAGGGACCCUACAUACCAGGACUUUAUGAAAAGGCUCUUCAAUUAUAGGAGGAAGAAGCUUAUCAAGAGGUAUAAUUUUGAUGUUGAGAGAUUCAAGGAGUUACAGAAAAGAAGCAUCACAUCUUUACAUGCCAAUACCAUUUUGAUGAAGCGCUUAGGGAUGAAACUGGAUCUGGAUGACUCUUAACUAAAAGGUUGACAUUCUUUUUUAUCAGAUGCGUUUUUUGCCAGUCAUACAUCCUUCCUUGGAAGUUGGAAUAUACAUUUUUCAUAGGUUUCUCAGUGGAAGUAUAGCAUGUGGACCUUUUGUUAACACUAACCAACCUACUUUUGACUUUUUAAAACAAGUUUCCACAUGUAAUGCUUCUGUUGGAGAAUUUUGAUGUCAAAUAUUACCAAGAACUGCACUUGUGGUCACUAGGUUUUUGUUCCCCAUUACAUGGACUUGUUCCCCAGUUUUGAUGUUGGUGGGAAUAAGUUCUAAAGUACCAGCAUGUUGCUCUUAAUUAUUCUGCAUGUAUGUAUACUUUUUCUUCCUUCUCUUAAGAGAGCAUCAAUGAGGAUCAUAUCUUCUGCUUC